UCAUAUCCGGUAAAGUUUUCGAAGGCAAGACAAGCACGUGUGGACAGUGUUUACAUUUUCUCUGAGGUGAUCUAUUCUUAAUCAUGGCUGAAUUCGUGCAACAAAGCAUCGAGGAGAUGCUCCCCGAGCUCGAACAGAUGGAAAGAAUAGGACUGUUCACAAAGGCAGAGACAAAUCAAAUAUUAAAGAAAAGGAGGGCACAUGAGUACAGAAUGCGCAGAAGAACGAAAUACAAAGAAGAUUAUAUGCAAUACAUAGAGUAUGAAAAGAAUGUAUUAGAGCUUAUCAACAGAAGAAGAAAGAGUUCUGGAAUCCAUUAUAAGAAGGUUGAAAUUGAUUAUGCCAUGGUUCAUAGAAUUCACAGACUAUAUAGGCAUGUGAUUGCCAGGUUUCAGAGUGAUGUGGAAUUAUGGCUGUCGCACGUCAAGUUUUCUAUUAUGAGGAAAGAAAAACCAACUGUGAGCAGAAUAUUCACUCAGAUGCUUCAGGUGCACAGCAAAAACCCAGAUUUGUGGAUAGCUGCAGCUAAGUGGGAGUUUGAGAACAAUAAGAACGCAGAUAAUGCCAGGAAUCUGAUGCAGCGGGGCCUGAGAUUUAACCCCUCCUCCAAAGCUCUCUGGUUGGAGUACUACAGACUGGAGUUACUGUUUGUGGAGAAGCUGAGAAAGAGAAGAGAGUUAUUUCAAGCAUCAAAAAUGAAGAGUGAUGAUCAGGGUGACAUACUAGAGGGAGCAAUAGCUCAGAUUGUCUACAGAAAGGCUGUGGAGGCUUUUCCAGGUGACCUGAAGUUUUCCCUCUCUUUUUUGCCUGUAUGCAGGACGUUUGAUUUCAUGUCAAAACAGGAAGAUGCCAUGCUUGAAGGAUUGGAGACACUCUAUCCCUGUGACCCCUAUUUGUGGGAGGCUAAAGCCAUGAGACAGCUAGACAUUGACCAAGAUCAUCCACUGGAAAUGUUUCAUAAAGUUUUUGAAGAGGCUACUAAAAAAGUGAAAGAGGAUGAGAUUUGGAGCCUGUACAUUUUGGCCUGUAUCAAGAUCAUUCAAUUUGAGAAGAAGUCACCUCUAAGUGAAGAUUUUAUAGAUUUAAACCAGGAAAUUGGAAAACUUCUGGGAAUAUUUCAGUCUGCUUCAGAGAAAAUAUUGCUUUCAACAGACUUGUAUAAACAAUGGGUUAAACUUUUACUUGACCUUGGGGAGGUCACUCAGGCAGAAGGCGUGCUGGAGGCGGCCGUGACCUCUCACCCUCAGUGUGUGUCGCUAUGGUUACAGAGACUGGAACUCAUGAUAAAGACCAAUGUUACAGCAGACUUAAUCCUUAAGGCUUUUAAGAAGGCCAGGAAAAAGGUUCCUGAAAAGGAGAGCUACCCACUGUGGUGUUUAGUGCUGGAGUUAUGUGCAGCGUGUGACCUUCCAGAAACCCAGAAACUCUUUGAGUCAGGAAUCCUGGCCUGUAGAGAAGUUUGUGUACCUGUCAAGGAAGCCUAUUUACAAUGGACCUACCUGAGGGAAGGUGUCAAGGCUGCUCGUCAGCUGUAUACAAGGCUCCAGCAUUUAAAGCCCUUGUCUCUUGGUUUUUAUCAUCUCUACAUCCAGGUGGAAAAAUCACAGGUGCACCAGAAGAUACAGCAUUUGAGAUCAGCGUAUGAGGACGCCAUAAAGGAAUUUGGAUCAUCAGAUUCAGGUAUCUGGAUUGAGUACUUCAGACUGGAGUCGGAACAUCCAGACGGAAGUGCCGAGUCCGCGGCCCAGAUACACUUCCGUGCUCUUCGGUGUUUGGAGGGAGAAGAAAACGAAAAAUUUGUCACAAAACAUACUCUGAUGCAGACUGGACACCUUAAAUAAAUCUGAUAUCUCCUGUU